AUGAGUGGUCCAACUUCAGGAUCAUUCAUGUUUUGUGACGAAGGGGACAACUUUUACGUAAUAGAUUCAGGCCAGGUAGAAGUCUUUGUCAACGGUGAAAAGGUGACAACCAUCAAGCAAGGCGGAGGCUUUGGAGAGCUGGCUUUGAUUUAUGGCACACCCAGAGCGGCGACCGUUAAGGUAAGCAAGAAAUGUAUGAAGUACACUGAGUACCUCGUUCUUUGGGUUUCAUCUUCAUCGUUCGAUUAUUUUGCUGAUGAUCUGCCUAUAAUGUUGCCAAGACUUUUAGGAAACUCAGUUUUUUGGGUUAAAAUUAUAGCUGAACUGAACAUGCCCUGAAU